GGGAACGCACCGAGUCUGUUCUCGACCAACGUUUAAUACGCGUGUCACGCUAGAUCACGUAACAUAUAUAUACUGAUCUUUGCCUUUGUAUCUUUUGUGUCUAGUACGUGUCGUGCUCUGCUAAAAAUAACGAUAUGCUUCCUGCCAAGAUUACCUUGUUAUUUGGACUCGCAGCACUGUUAAAAUCAUCGACAGCAGCACCGGAUAGCGCAGGGAUGGUAGAAAUGGUGAACGGAUUGGCUUACGGUGGGAUUCCGUAUGGAAGUGUAAGCGGUAUGCUCGCGAAAUAUCCGGGAUACAGGCAGAUUAACGCUGAGGUUCAAGCCAGACAAUUGGGCAUUUUGAGUAACACUCAGCGGCCGAUCAUUAUCACGCCGAAUUUCCGAGCCACACGGUUGGUAGGAAUUUCACCUCGCCCUGUACAAAUCUACAAUCUUCCAGCAGUCAUCGCUCCCGGAAUCGUGGGCACAAUUAGUCAAAUUGGCUAUUAAUCCACCGGAAGAACCUUGUCAUAGUAAAACAUACAGUAUAGUCAGCCAUAAAUCAGUCGAUCGAAUUUCCUUUUUGCCCGAAU